AUGACCUCUGCAGCCCUGCCUGAAACACUUCGCUCAGUCACUUCGACCAAAAUCAGUGAGUUGAAGAAACAGCGCGAUCGCUAUGAGACCGUCAAAAGUGACAUCUUACGCGAUGCCGGCCGUGUCACGGACAAGCUAGAACGAACUCGACUUCUCCUGAGAGGAGUCUACCGCCAAGCUAGAAUCAAAGCUGUGGAUGACGAGCCGUCCGACAGUGACGGUUCGGAUUUCGACUACGAUGCCAGCAACCCCUCACGUACACGCUACAACCAGCAACUAUUUCUGCAGCAAGCUCAGAAAGAUCCUGCCUUUGCUCCAGGUCUUGUCCAGGAGAUUCAGGACGACUUGCUGCGAGAGCUUGAAUUGAAAAGCGUUCAGCAUGCACAUGCUCAGUUCUUCUCCGAAUUGGUUACCGAGUGGCUAUCGAGUGCUGUUGCCGACCCUUCCAAGGGGUCUCAAGCUGCCAGUGUGGAUGAUUCCUCGUUCGAAAAUAUUGGCCGAAAGGAAAUGCAUGAGCAGCGUGCACAGUGGGAGUCAAUCGUCUUCGAAAAGUCCAAAGUCGACCAAAGUCGAAUCAAGGAGUAUCUGGCACACCUGUUCACCUCGGAAAAGGUUGUGAAAAUCGCACACAAAGAGAUCGAGACCUCCACAAAACUCUUCAGCCAAAACCUGUGGUACGACAAGGAGUUCUUCGACGCCGAGAACCUGAAGUUGACAAUUGAAGGUGUCUUGCAGACUGAUAUUCUGUCAGACGAGAAGAACGUCAUCCUCAAAUCAUUCCAAAACAACAAGGAAGUUCUCCAAGAAGUGGCUGAUGUUCUCAAUAUGAGAUAUGCUUCUCUCGAUACUUGGGAUUGGAGUACAGUCGAUGGGGCCAUAACUGUCCACCAACGAAAACAACUCAAUGGCAAGUACCGCAUCUUCAUGGAAGAAGAGGUUUUGGAUGCAAUUCUCCUUCAUGCCAUUGGUAUGAAAUUUGCCGUGCACUUCAAGGCUUGCUUAAGCAGAUUCUUCGAGUCCCUCGCUUGGAAAACGGCGGCAACAAACAUACCCAAGAUCGAUCGAGAACGUCGCGAGUACUUUCUUGGUGCAGAUCAAGGAACUCAAGAGUCCGCCACCGUGGAAGGAAAACGAAAGAUCCAGUACAAGCAAGAGUACUUUCUUACACAAUUACCCAUCACCGAAGCCGAAGGUGUUCGUGGAUAUGGGGAUGCAGACGGCGAUGUGUCAAGGUCGGAUCGAAAAAGUCCGGUGGAGACGAAACAGGCUCUUCUACACCUUCUCAUCACUGAAGCAAUCCUGGCACAAGAUCUGCGCCCUGGAAAAUCUCACACGGUCAUUCGAUCAGAUUUUCAAUGGUUUGGGCCAUCACUACCCCACGAAACAAUCUUUGCUGUUCUGGAAUUCUUUGGGGUCACCAGUGAAUGGCUUGAUUUCUUCCGCAAAUUCCUCCAGGCUCCCAUGCGAUUCGCUCAAGAUGGUCCUGAUGGGCAAUUCCAAGUCCGUAAGAAAGGUGUGCCCAUGUCACAUGCCUUGAGUGACGUGUUUGGCGAGGCUGUUCUGUUCGUCAUGGAUUACGCUGUCAAUCAUGCUACUCAGAAUUAUCUCUAUCGAUUGCACGACGACUUUUGGUUCUGGGGAAGUGAAGAUCUCUGCAUUCGUGGUUGGGAAGCCAUGACCAAGUUUGCAGAGGUGAUGGGCAUCCAGUUCAACAAAGAAAAGACAGGUACUGUGAUAUUUGAUCAAAUCACUUCUUUUCGACAAGAGCAUAGGUCCGGCACUGAAUCAGACACUGAUGAGGAUGAGUACCUUUCGACCAAGUCUCGUCACGGCUUACCAAAGGGCGAAGUUCGUUGGGGUUUCCUGAGACUUGACGCGCAAUCCCGACGAUUUGUUAUCGAUCAAUCCAUGGUCGACGACCAUAUCCAAGAACUCCAACGGCAACUGUCGCACUGCACAUCAAUAUUAUCCUACAUUCAAGCCUACAACGCAUAUCUGGCGCGAUUCUUCAGUAACAAUUUCGGUAAGCCUUCCUACGCAUUCGGUCGAGAACAUAUCGACAAUAUGAUCGAUACUUUUGUUAGGAUUGAGAAGGCAAUCUUCCCUGAAAACACGGUAACUGCACAUCUCAACAAGCUCGUCAAGGAGAAAUUCGAUAUGGAAGACAUUCCUGACGGAGUAUGGUACUGGCCAGUCCAGAUGGGUGGCAUGGAUCUGCGAAACCCCUUGGUCCCACUUUACUGCAUGCGUGACAAUCUCCGUGGCACCCCGCAGAAGAUCCUCCAGAACUAUUUGGAUUUCGACGAGGCGGAGUAUCUUGUUGCAAAGGAUCGAUUUGAUCGAAGGUCUCAUAGCAAAAAAAAUCACCGAAGCUUCGGUGAUGAAUUUAUGUCAAGUGAAGAAUAUUUGCGGUAUCGGGAAGAACGAUCUACAUUCUUGGGUACAGCAUAUGACAGAUUGUUGGAGAUUCCCCAAGAAUUUGCAGCGUUUGAGACGAACGAGAUUGCGGCAUUUCUCGACAAACUGCCACCUGCAAGUCGUGGCUCACGAGCGUCAAAAUCCGGCAUCACCAAGCCUUUCCAUCGCAUGAAACCCUACUGGAAGUGGGUUCUGGCGGUCUACGGCUCGCAAAUCAUGGAGAAGUACGGAAGUCUGCAGAUCGUUGAUGCUGCACAGGUUCCUCUGGGUGUGGUCAGUGUGAUGAAAGCGGGCAAGAUUCGAUGGCAAGGCUGA